UUUAACAAGCGAAAGGACAAAGUAGUGAAUAAUAAUAAGAGUUGUUGAAAGCUGUUGCAUGCUUAGUAAUGUAUUUAUUUUUAAUUUAAUAAAUCAAUAUAUUAAAAUGCAUACUAAAACUAUUAAACUAUUAAAAAGUAGUAUUUCUUUCUUUGUCUGUAAUCUUUCUCUUGUACUUUAAUGAUUGAAGCCAAAACACGACAGGUGAUUAUGGUAAAUAUUUUAAAAUUUGUGUUUUUCAUUUCAUUGUCCAAAUGAGGCUUAACUUUUAGUCUUUUGUUGAUAUUAGCAUUAAAAUGUUUAUUCGGCUGUGAAGUCACUUUUAGAGAGUGUGUCCUAUUCUGUUGUUAUUCUUUCCUUAUGGCUACAGUAGUUAAUGCAAACUGGCUACAAAUAUACACUGUAUUUUGCUGUAUAACUAUAUAAUUGCAAUAUAGCAACAGAUAACAACAAAGCCAACACGUUUUUUUAUGAUAUGAUAGAUGCUUCUCUUCUUAUCUGUGUAGUUAACAUGAUAUAAUAUUAUUUAAAAUGUCAGAUUUCUACAUUUCACCUGUGUAGAAACACAAUUCUGCAUAAAGGCUGAAUGUUGAUAGAAUAGAAUGUUGCUAAAAAAAAAACAAAAAAGCUUUCUGAAUGGCAAAUCUAGUCCAUUGUUAUGGCCUAUUCAGACCUUCACUUAUCAGUGAUGUUUGGUGUAUAAAACCAGAGGAGGAUUUGAGAUGCAGCAUGUUAGCAAUGAACUGGAAUAGAGCGUGGACCAGUGCUUGAGGACUGGAUCUGGAUUUGAGAAGAGCCAUUCUUUGUAUUGUCAGUAACAUUUUUGUGUUAUGUGUGUCAUUCUGCAUGUGGUUAUGUUAUAUAUUUGCAUUAGCCUGUCAGGCUUUACUUUUUUGAUAGUGUCCAGUCUGUGGGUCAGUAAUGCCCUAAGCCACAAUUCCCCAGAGGAGCGUUAGAGUUCAAGAAUGCUGUUAAUAUUAGAGCUGGCUUGCCCUCAGUGUCCCUUUCUGGGACUCCUUGCGUCUGGAACACACUGUGCUUUCCAAGCUGCAGUUCUGCAGGGUGUUUUCUCAAACAUUAAAUUUUCAUUAACUUUUCAGUAUGAAUAAAUGAUGCAGAGUUAUUAAGGUUUUAUUCAGGAUAGAUUCCAGUGUCGGUUACUGAAAGGAAUUGUGUCCACUGUCAAGUUUAUUUUAACCAUUGAAAAUUGUACAAAGGUGAAUUGAAAUCCGUUUUGCAUAUGCUUGUUAAUUACAACAAAUACAAGCUGGUCAAAAAGGAUCACAUAUUCAGAGUAAAACAAGCCACAUUCAUUUCCCUCUUGCCUUACGUUUUGUGGCCAUUUUUCUUAUUUUUAUUUAAUUUGCCUCUUUUCUUUCAAGUGUCUUGCAAAAUCUGAUACCAGCUACAAAUCCUGUAAUCCCAGCCCUGCAUAAUAAAUAAUAAUGGUUUCUCUUUUCAGGUAGUUUGAGUUCAUAAUCACACACAUUCCCUUUUGAUAUUUGGCAACAUGCGCCAGCUAACAAUUUGUUUGAUGCAUUAUUUAACAUUACGUGCGUUGAUUAGCAUGCAAAAUGUAUUAGUUGUAAUGGCCUCCCUUGUGCCUCCACUGUGGAGUCAACAUAGCUGUCAGUGUGCUACUCCGAAACAAUGCUGCAGAAAUGCUGGGUCUCAUCAACGUGUUUCCUUAGGCAGAACUUACUUCCCGUGGAAGCGGACAUGCUAUUGGACUGAAAGUGUGUAAACCUUUUAAUAAUGAAUUCAUCUUCAGGCAUUUUUCUGUCGUGGGCAGAGUAUUAUUAAAGCUGAAAAAUGAAAAAAUGAAAUAUUCAGUAUUGAUGUUCCUGAGGUGCUGUGACAAUCUAGCAAUAAUAUUUCACAGUCAUACUCCAAACUUCAUCAUGUUCCAACUUUAGACAUGAAAGAAGUCAACACAGUGACAGACAAAAGGCAAUCAGGGUUAAGAGAGAUGGAGAGAGCGGGACACUGAGGAAAUUCAGUGCAUCACUUAAGAGAAAAUAGACUCAGGUGUGAUGGAAUUUUACCUUUUUUUCCCUUGUUGCACUGGUUUUCCAUUUAUUUCUUUUGUAAUUUGGUAGGAAGUUAGUAAAUAAUGGCCAUAUGAUUUAUCCUCACUGUAGAAGUUGUAUUGUUAAAAUGAAUAUCACUGCAGCACCAGACUGAGUUCUUGUAUAAAGUUUUUUUACCUAAUACUCAGUACCUGUGACAGUCUGAUUGAUUUUCAUUCAUCUUCAGUAACCUAGCCUUAUCCAGGGACAGGGUGGAUCUGGAGCCAUUCCCAGUAACUGGGUGCAAGGUGGGAAAGUUCACACCGGAUGGAACGGCAGUCCUUCACAGAGCACAAUUCACACCUAUGGUUAAUUAGUGCUGCCAGUUUGCUCAUUGGCAUGUUUUAAGACAGUGGAUGAGACCCAAAGGAAACCCACAUGACCACAGGGAAUUCAUGGGAAACCCAUCCAGGCCUUAAUGCAGGAUUGAUCCAGGGACCCUGAAUCUGUUUGAUGGCAUGGCUUCCCACUGCACCAAUUUGUCACCCCAACAUUAAUGUUCACAAUAAAAUCCCCUUAAAGAUCAUGAAUCCAAAUAUUUACUGUAACCCAAGCUGUAUAUUUCUGGGUUAAAAAUAUAUAAUCAGUAAAUCUUUUACUUUUAGUUUUUGUGCACAUCAUUGAAUUCUCUCUCUCUCACUGUGUUUUAACAUGGCACAGGCAGCCAUGAGAUUAAUCCAUAGCACAUGACAAAGCACAACCCAUGUGUUGAAACAUUCUUCCAUAUUUAGCUUCAUAGUCAUAUAUAUGUCAUAUAUAUGUACAUGUAACAUAGACAUACAUAUCAAAUAUGGUAAAAAUCAUAUACAUAUAUGUCUUAUAAGUGUGUUUUUGACAAAUAAAUAUCAUCUAUUUACUGCCAAUAUUUUAGUCCUCCCUCUCUCUCUCUCUCUCUCUCUCUCUGGCACAAAGUUUUAUGUUGUUUAUCCUGAUCCAGGCUUAUAGGACAGAUGGACUUGCUGGCACCUAGUGAAGGGCAGGUGAUGUAAUGGAUGCAUGAUGCACUGCCAGAAAAACACUUAUGUGAAACAAGAAAGCUUGGGUUAAUGCCAUAUUGUAUAAAAAUCAUAGUGAGUAUUUUCAGGAUUAGGACAAUUACAAAUCAGUACAACAACUGGGGAUAAAAUAGCUUGACGUGGGCAUAGCUUAUUCCAUAGCUGAUUAAAAAUUGUGAAUAGUGAAACACAAAUAAUUGAGGGUUUCAUGUAUAAAUACUACUAGCAGUAUCUGGUUUCUCAGUUAUGUAAGGUGAUAAAGGAUUAGAUAACUCAUAUAAUCCUGAGAUUUGUGGUUUAAAUGCUUUAUGAUAUUCUUUUUCAUUAUUGUGUUUGAUUAGGAGUGUAUGAACAUUUUAUAAAUACCACAUUUUUGAUGUGGAAAUGAUUUACAAAUUAUUUCAUUUUAAGGCCCAAACUUUGUGCAACUUUAAACAUCUGGGCAUUUAUUUAGCUUCUGAAAUCACCUGUAAUGAGAUGGGCUGUAAAUUGAGAUGAAGAUCUAACACAUUGGAUACAGAGGUUUGACUAAUUUGGAAAAAAUCUAGAUAGCAUAUAAAUAGAUCUUACUGGUGUCUGGCCCUGGUUGUAUUCUCAUCCCCGUUUUCAGUGCUCCAGAUCCCCUUUAUCCUUAAUCAUAAUAAUAAUAUGAUUACUGAAGUUGAAGGAAUGAAUCAUUAUGAAUGUACUAUAUUGUAAGCCUUGAAUGCAGGACUCAUCAUGCAGCAUGCAUCGUUUUUUAAUUUCAUUUUUAAAAGCUUCAUCACCAGUUAACACACCCACUGGCAUUACUUCAGCCCAGUGUUUUCAAUCAGUUUACAAGAAAUGAGUUUGUAUACAGUCAGUCAAUAAUAGAGUGAGGAGAUAAGCAUUCAGACACUUUCAUUUUUGCUAUUUACAGCAUUUCCAGUGCAGACUAUGUCCUCUUCACAUUUACACACAUAAAGUCUUUUUACUUUGUACUUGGAAAAAAGUAAGCAUUCGUAAGCAUAAAGAUAUGUGAUAUAUCUCUCUUUUUGAUAUCAGAUCACUUUAACUGUAGAAGGCUUUCAGCGUCACUUCAUGGUAAAGUGACUCACACUAUAAAGCUUUAUUUAACCUGGGUGGUGCUAUAAAAUUUGAUUCUUUAGGACUUUUAAAUAUUGUAGUGCUUUGGUUUGCAUCAUACUCUCCAGAUGCUAUCUCUAUAGCAAUCUCUGAUUUAGACAGACAGUGGUGGUCUUUUGUAGGUGAAUUGAGAGCACACUCUCACUGCUUGCAUAAUGUGAGUGUGCAGUCUGCGCAGUCUGUUCUCUGCACACCAUCUGUGUCCACCUCCACUUGACCCUGUGGAUCAAACGGACCAACACAGCACCAUUUUAGCUUGAUGUACGAACACUGAGGGACAUUAGAACUGGAGGCAUCAUGUAAUUUGUGAAUCCCCAGAUGCAGGAACCAUGAGCAGCCCUCACUCCAGUGCCAGUAAGGAUAGGGAUACGGCGACCCCGCCGGCCUGUAAGCUGUGCCUCGAAUAUGUUCCCCUGAAACACAUGACCACCAUCUCACAAUGCCAGUGCGUCUUCUGCAACCUGUGUCUGAAACAGUACAUUGAGCUCCUGAUCAAAGAAGGCUUGCAAACAGGAAUCAGCUGUCCAGAUUCAGCUUGUCCCAAACAGGGGCAAUUACUUGAGAAUGAGAUCGAAUCUUUGGUGGCUGUAGAUGUGAUGAAGAGGUACAAAAGGCUGCAGUUUGAGCGAGAGGUGCUGCUGGACCCCUGCCGGACCUGGUGCCCGUCCUCUUCCUGCCAGGCAGUGUGCCAGCUGCAGGAGGCAGAGUUACCCAUGCCCCAGCUGGUACAGUGCCCUCUCUGCAGCCUGCGUUUCUGCUCAGCCUGCCACGCUGACUGGCACACAGGGCAAACAUGCCAGGGGUCCCUCCCUAUUGUCACCCCCCAUCCUGUAAAGAAUAGUGUCAAUAGCAGGUCUAAGGAGGAUGAGACUUCUAUCAAGUGCUGUCCGAGGUGCGGUAUAUUUAUUGAGAGAGACGAGGGUUGUGCCCAGAUGUUGUGUAAGAACUGCAAGCAUGCCUUCUGCUGGUACUGCCUGGAGUCUCUGGAUGAUGACUUCUUAUUGAUCCACUAUGACAAAGGAGCAUGUCAGAAUAAACUGGGUCACUCCAGAGCAGCUGUCAUCUGGCAUCGCACACAGGUAGUGGGGAUCUUUGCUGGUUUUGGCCUGCUCCUCCUGGUGGCCUCCCCAUUUCUGCUCCUGGCUACACCUUUUGUCCUUUGCUACAAAUGCAGAUGUGGUCAUGAAGAUGAUGACCCCUUACCUUCCUAGUUCUACUAUCAGCAUGGCUAUAGAGCUUCAGUAAUGCUCAGAAGGAUUUGUCUUCCACUUGUGCUAUCCCUGCACACUCUCUCAUCAGGAACACGUGUACCGUACCUGCUCUUAAAGAGAGUCAGGAGACUUCUGCUAUCAGCAGGCAGGAUGGGAAUCAGAGUGUGAAUCUCUUUUCCCAGUUUUCCCAGUCUUCUAGGAGAGCUAGAGCUUAUGGUGAUGUACAUCUUGCAGGUUACAAUAUGUAAUCUUUCAUUAAAAGCUUUAAGAAAAGCACAUAAUCUAGCAAUCCAAAGUGGCCUGAAUCCUUCCUUCAUCUGAAAACGUGUUUUCGUUUGCUUCUUAUGUUUUCAUCUCAUAUGAGUAGCAUACACUUCAUUUUCCUGUACUUGUACAGUUUUUCAUGCGUUAUAGUCUCCAACAUGAAGCUAAGAAUUAUUGGCUUCUGAUUCAUAUCCAGUAUUUUGUCACUCUGAUGCCAGUAGCUUUAAGGCAUAGAGAAAAUGCUGAGAACUUAUAAUUAAGUGAAAAAAUAGAAAAUCUGUCAAAAUCUUACUCAAAUAAACUGGACACAUCCAGGCAAAAAAAUUAUUCAAGUGAAAGUAAAUACCUUCACAUUUACUCAAGUAAUUAAAAAGUAAAUGUUUCAGCUGAUGACAGAACACUAACGUGUGUUUUUAGGUAAAACAUACAGUUUUAAAAUUUUUACUUUGUUAGAAUAAAGUGUUUAAGCUGGCUAAGCUUAAUGGAUGAGUGAAUUUACCAAACAAUUAUGACAAAUUUUUAGAAAUGUGUUUUGAAAUUAAUCCAAAUAAUAACUUGAUUUGCUUAGAACCCUAAAAUGUCUAAUCGAUUUAGUGAGACAGGAGUGUGUAGAUAAAAUCCUGAAAGCUGAACAAAAAGUGAUCUUUUUCCUAGCUCUGGCAGCUCUUCAGACCUGAGCUAGAGGUUUGGGAGCUGCGUCAUGGGAAGCAUGUGGCUGAGAUUUGCUACAGCAGCAGCUGGCUGUACCGUGAGGGCCUGUGGCUGCCCACGCAAACGGCCUCUCUCGGGGCCAGUGGGCAUCUGCCUCGACCCGCACCGCUUCACCCUCCUGCAUCAGAUAUUCAUGCACUGCUCCACCCGCACCAUCUGCGUCUGCACUCACCAGAAGCUCAGUGAACCCCAAUGGUCACUCACAGGAGAGGCUGGGGCCUCUCAGGUCAGGCAGCACUGUCACUCUGAGCUUAUUCACUUCAGACCACAAAUGAGUCUCUGGCUCUACAUCUUUCAGUGUUAACCAACUAGGUCAGGGGGAGGAAGUGUGGGAGAUGGGGUUAACCACAGUGAUAGAAGAAAGGUUACUGCCCCUGAAGGUAUGUAAAAAAGAACAGAUGAAUGUCAACUUCAAGAACAGAUGAAUCAGUCUGUAAUAACAGCGACUGCCUAGUCCUUGCCAAGCUCCAAGAAACGUUAAAGAGAUCAUAACAUGGUUAUCAUAUUCACCUACUGAUGGCCAUACUUUUUUAAUUAACCCAGUCAUCAUUAGAAAUACACUUACAGGUUAGCACACUGAGGCAGUUCAAGAAAUUUCACCUUCUAGUCAAUAAAUAAUUGGAACUCAACUCCAUCUCCCAUGAAUAAGCAUGCAGUGCAAAUCCAAAGUCAUGAGUUACAGCUUCUUAAGUGAAUUAACUCAUCCUGCAGGUUUCAUUGGCAUGUGGAGGUCAUGAUGUUUGCAAUUCUCAGCAUGUUUUUAAUCAUAAUUUACACCAGUUUUCUUUUUAGCUUUGUUUUCAAGCAUCACUGACACUGAUCUUCAGAAAUUAAAGGUCAAAUCUGGGUCCCUACAGUCCCAGAACAAAGUCUAAGCAGAACCCUUAAGUUUAGAAACCUUUACUAUCCAAAGUGUACUAAAUAUUUUGUGUGAGAGAUCUAGUUUGUUUCAUCCAAAACUACAAAAAUCAGGCUAAUUCAAGAGAUCUUUACGUCAUCAAACUCCUACAUAAAUCUGUAGAAAGAAGAUUGUUUGUCCUUGUGCAUGACAUGCUUUAUUUUGCGUCUACAUGUUUUAUUUGGUUGAUGUACAGAGCACUGAUAUACAUGAGUUUUUAAUUUUUUUUGACUCCACAGUCAAUUAGAUUAUUAGAUUAUUACAUUAUUUUAAUAGCUAUUUUAAUGACUGGGCAGCAAGAAAACCCACUGCUCUUUACAAUGCCAGUAGUAUUAGUCCCUCUUCACUCCACUUAGGUUCUUGUUCAAUCCAUUUAGGCCCUUGCGAUUAGACUACUGUAACUUUCUUCAGCAAAUCUUUCUAUGUACUAUCAAACUUCUGCAGCUGAUCCAGAAUGCUGUGGCAUGAUAUCCCCAGUUUCUCCCAGACUACCCAGUUGCCUUAGUGGUUAAAGCUGUGGGUUACUAGUCAGAUGUAUAAGAUCAGUCAGGCAAGGCCCUAAACCCCAUCUGCUCUAAGUGCACUGUAUAACAGUAGACCCUUUAGUCUGACCUUCUAACAAACUGAGAUAUGCAAAGAAAAGAAUUUGACUAUUCAUUGAUGUACAUGUGACCAAUAAAGGUCAUUGCUGGUUUGUUUUGGCUUCCUGCUGAUUUAAAACACUGACCAGGCUCCACUGCGUAUCAAACCCUUUACCAUGUUCACUCUGACAAUGACUGCAGACACACAACUUGCACUAAAUAUUAAAGAAGAGCAAGGUGUCUGAAACAAGCUGACAGCUGGAAUGGAUAUGAUGAAUUGGGCCUAAACAUGGAAAGACUCUUGUGCAAGGAAGAAGCAAUUUAGUAGGGGGGAGUAGUGUUCUCUGGUUAGAUGAAACAAAAAUGUAUCAGGCGAAAAAAGCAGUGAGACUUUUCAUCCAAAGAACGUCAACCUAACUGUAAAGCAUGGGUAUGGCAGUGUAGGGUUUUCGGGGUGUCUUGCUGGAAAAGGGAUUUGGUGCAUUAUGAGGAAGGAGAAUUAAUGACAAAUUCUGAAGCAACACCUCAAGACAUCAGAAAGAAAGCAUGACAAAAAAUUGGUUGCAACUGGGUCCUACAGCAGGACUAUUAUCCUAAUUAUAUAGAAUAUAGUUAGUAUAUAAGUAUUCAAAAUUGCCAUCAUAAAUCCCUGAACUAAAACCGAGCUGAAAAAGUAUGUCUUAACAAGGAAGCCCACAAACCUGACUGAAUUACACCAGUUCUGUCAGGAAAACUGAGCAAAAUUACAGCAAAGUAUUUUGAGAACUUUGUAGAGCGCUAACUCAAGGAUUUGAUUCAUGCUAAGCAAUGAAAAGGCAUUGCUAUCAAAUGCUAAUGAACUGUAAGUAAACUUUUAAUCUAAUAAAAAGCAGAUAAAUGAGAGCUGAAAUAGUAAAUAAAAACUGAAAUACAUGUCUCUGAAAUAUUUUUAUUACCUUAAUGAAGAUUCUCUAAAUAACAUUGUUGGGAAAAUUUGAGGUUACAUGUCUUCAUCUUUAGUGUAUGUAAAUUUGUUGGCUUACUUUUAUCCACCACAGACAUCUACUACAAAGCAGCUGCGUAAAGCACUCUGGAAAAUGCUGUGAACGUACGGAUGACAAGAGGAUCAUGACAGUUUCUACUUAAGGUUCCAGUGCUUAGUGUCAAAUCCUAAGCUGUAAAUUCAGCACUGUAUUGAGGUAUAUACAGUAGGAAUGUAAGUGAGGUUUACUUGUAGUACCAUUAUAUAGACACUAGAGGGGACAACUGCUGCAUGGUUCUAUGAUCAUGCUCUCCAGAUCACACAGACAGUGAAAGGACGGUUUCGGGAGAUUUGAUGAGCAUGUGAUGACAGACUCAAGAAGGGAAGUUCAUGCUUGUGAAACCUAAAGUAUGUGUAUCCAAACUGCAUCAGGUCACCUGUUCAUACUGUAACAGUAUGAGGGAGCUUGCAUGCUUGCGCUCUCUCUCUCUCUCUCUCUCUUUCAGGCAGUGUGGGCCGGCUGUGGCCCAGCGGCUCACUGGCAGGUGUUGAUGGCGCUGUUGGCCAAGGCCAAGGGAGCUGUGCUGGCUCUCGGCUCUCGCUGCAGUCUGCCUCUGCCUGCCCGGGCAGUCCCACUGGCAGCUGGCAUCACGCUGCGGGCAUCUCUCCCAACUAUAAUUACCAACUCCAGCUGCAGAUGGAGACAAGCAGGCGCACCAGUCGCUGCAUCCUCCACGGCCUUCAGCCACCUCCACAUUCCACCCCACAAACAGCUUAAGCACACCCCAUUCUGGGGUGAGCACCUCACAUCUUACCAGCUAGUAACAAAAGCAUUAACCAGCUUUAUAAGUAAACGACACCAGUACGUGUCAGCUUGUGUCAGUUAAAUCUCUAUUAUGUAAACGUGUUGGAAUAAUUUUCUCACCACUCCUACAUGGUGCUCUGUCAAAGUGUGCAUUUGUCAAAUCAAGAAAAAAAAUCUGUUCUCUCACGUCUUUCACACAUCCCCUCACUCGGCCCAUAGAUACGUGUAUCAGCUCACAGAUCGGUGGACAUUUAAAACACCACUAAGCUCAGAAAAAAAAUAAAAAGCAAUACUCUAUCAAAUUUCAACCUAAUUUCUGUCCACUGCAUCUGUGGUGUAUUAACAUUUAUGUGAUUACCCCUAAAAAAGAAUCUUAACAGGCAACACAUGUACAACCUUUACUUCUCAGCAAUAGACCUGUCCAGGGUGUACCCCUGCCUUUCGCCCAAUGUGUGCUGGGAUAGGCUCCAGCAGAACCCUGUUAGCCUAACUAGGAAUAAAGCGGGUGUAGAAAAUGGAUGGAUGGAUACUUCCCAGCAAUAACAGUCCUAGGAUUAACCAGAUAUAAGAAAAUAUCUUUCUUAAGCUGAUGUAGUUUUAUAGGACCCAGCACUGGAGCAACACAUUAAAAAGUAAUUCACAUUCCAUUCCAAGGCAUAGCUACAAAUUCUUUCCUCUGUAUCUCUGACAGAGUGAAUCUGAAUGAUACAUAUUUAGAGCUGGAAAAGAAUAAAUGACUGUGCUUUUAAAUGAAUUUCUAUUAGACGCAAAUUGAAGUAAACAGGUUAAUUUCACAGAUACAUUUAUAAAUGUGUAUUUAAAGUAAACAUGUUUUUGACCCCUUUGAGUGUCCUCAAAUAUUCACUCUAACGCCUGUUACAGAUCCACUUUCACCACUAGGAAACAUUUAGAAUAUUCACAUGUUCAACAAGCUGUUGCAUCACCUCAAUUUCCUAACAGUCAUGGCAAGAAGAAAUGUCUUAGUCUGUGAUCUAGUGAACCAGUAUCGAAGUAUUCACUGAUUUAGACUUUAAAGCAUUUGUGUACGUCUCUCUGGAUAAAGCUGUCUGCCAAACGCCAUAAAUGUAAAAGAGUAAAAAAAUGAAAAUUUUCCUUAUUUUCUGUCAUGUGAUUUUGACAGAUAAAGUCCCUAACCGUACAAUCCUGCUAACCAGAAUUAUAGACAAAAUGUACAUUUUUGAUAGAAAAAAUAAGAAAGUUUGAAUAAA